AUGAGGAUGCUGGUCCCGGCACCAUAUCAGGCGCUAGUAAAGAAGGACAAGAAGAAGAAGAAAAAAGAGGAGGAGGACCCUUCGGACGCAAUGUCCGGAGAAGCUGAUGCCCAGUCCUCUCAUGAAGAGGACGACGAGGAGGACGAGGAGGAAGAAGAAGAUCCUCCCCGCAAGGGGAAAAAGAGGGCGGCCUCGGAAGACCUGGAGGCCGAAGCCUCCAAGAGGGACAAAAUCACCCUCCCUGAUGACUCAGGGUCAGAUGCCGAGGCCAUCCCGAAGCAUCGUCGCCGGACCAAACCCCAAGACGACUCUCCGGCCCAUAGUAUCCCCCAGCUAUCCUCAUCCUCGGGGGAUCUGCCACCGGAGAUGAUCGAGAGCGAGUCGCCGUCCCCAGCUUUCCCGCCGUCUAAGCCGCGCUUCUACUCGGCGGAGGUGCUGCCGGAGUUCGUCGUCUGGUCGGAGGACCCGGCCGGGAACUGGCUUCAGCUCCCGCGCUUCUUCGCCGACGAGCUGCCAGCCUCUGGUCCAUGUGGGCUCUGGCUGCAGGAGGACGAUGGCGCCACCGCGGUGGAGACCCUCAGGGGUGAGCUUGCCCAAUCCAAGGAGCAGGCAAGAGUAUGCAAGGCGGCUGCUGAUAAAGCAACCACGGACUUAAUGGCCGAACAGGCCACUCGGCGCCGUUUUGAGGAACGGGUGACCGAGAUGGAGCAAAAGCUGAAGGACACCACUGCCAAGUGCGAGUCUUUAGAAAAGGAAAAUAAGGCGAAGGAGACCGAACUCGCCAAGGCCCUGCAAGACGCUUCGGAGGCCCGAUCCGCAUCCCGUGCAGCACGCAAGUAA